UCGCCGCCGCCACCACGUGUCGCCGCCGAAAUGUGCGGUGGCCGUCUCAGGGCCGGAGAUGCUGUCAAUGCCACCGGAAAAGUUAGAAGUUUUCAAGUCACUUGAUGGAUGGGCCUGGGAGUGUGUGGUGCCAAUGCUGAAGCCCGUGGAGCAGUGCUGGCAGCCACAGAGCCUGGUCCCUGACUCCUCAUUGCCGCACGAAGAGUUCAUGGAAGAGGUUAAGGCUCUUCGCCAACGGGCCAAGGAGCUACCCGACGACUACUUGGUGGUCUUGGUGGGUGACAUGGUCACCGAAGAAGCUCUUCCCACUUACCAGACCAUAUUGACCACCAUGGAAGGGGUUCAAGAUGAGCCCGGAAGGAGCCCAAACCCAUGGGCCACGUGGAUCCGAGGCUGGACUGCCGAAGAAAACAGACACGGGGAUUUGCUCAGAACUUAUUUGUAUCUCUCUGGUCGCGUUCACAUGAACAUGAUCGAUAAGACUAUUCAUUAUCUCAUUUCUGCUGGCAUGGAGCAUGGUUUGGGGAACAACCCGUAUUUGGGAUUUGUGUACACGUCAUUCCAAGAGAGAGCGACGUUCGUGUCACACGGCAACACAGCUCGGCUUGCGAAGGAGGGAGGUGAUCCGGUGCUGGCGCGCAUAUGCGGGACCAUUGCGGCCGAUGAGAAACGGCACGAGAACGUGUACUCGAGGGUCGUGGAGAAGCUUCUAGAAGUGGACCCCUCGGGUGCAAUGGAGGCCAUAGCGUAUAUGAUGGAAAAGAAGAUCACGAUGCCGGCACACCUUAUGUACGAUGGGGAGGACCCCAGGCUAUUCGAGCACUUUUCUGCGGUGGCUCAACGUACGGGCGUGUACACCGCUAAUGACUAUGCUGACAUCUUGGAGUUUCUGAUCGGACAGUGGAGAUUGGAGAAGCUGGGAGGUUUGACGGCUGAGGGAAAGAGGGCGCAGGAUUAUGUGUGUGGGUUAGCACCCAGGAUUAGGAAGUUGCAAGAGCGAGCUGAUGAGAGGGCGCGUAAGAUGAAGCCUCGUGCCGUCAAGUUCAGCUGGAUCUUCAAUAAAGAACUGCUUUUGUGAUUCUGAGAUUGUUAGAUUAUGUGAAAUUAUGAUGCAAAUUCUAUAAAAGAAAACAUAAAAUAAGAUGUAUAAGAAAGAAAAAGAAAAUUUUAGAAACAUAAGAAAAGUUGUAUAAGUCUCUAGAAAAAUCUAAAAGAGUGUAGAGACUUUAAAAGUUUAGAAAAUUGUAGAUAUUUUCAUCAUCAUCUA